UGCCCACCAUCGAUUUUCAUUUGAUUUUCGCAUAGCUGACAUUCAAGAUGAGUUACUAUCAGCAUGGUGCAGCCCAGCAAUCUGCACCACCUGUGUCUUACUAUGCUACACCACAAACUCCGAGUGCAACUGCAUAUGGCCAAGCAGCCGUCCAAGCUGCUGUUCAAGCUUCUGCGUAUGGUACUCCAACUCAACAACCACAGCCGUACUACCCCCAGCAGCCUGCCAACUAUCCUCCUUCAUAUGGUACACAAGGACAAUGGGCAGGGACAUAUUCACAGGUUCACACGGGAGGUGCAGCGUCGGCUCCCACUUACCAAUACAGCCAAGCACCUGUCCAGUAUCCGCAACCGUCUUCUCAACCUAAUCAACAGCAGUACGCAAAUCAGUAUCAACCCUAUCAGCAACAAUACCCAGUACAGGCGUCGCAGGUAGGCACCGGCUUCCCGCAACAAGCACAACCAGCACCCGGAUACCAAGCAGCAGGUGCACAACAAUAUCAUCAAGCCAGUGGGUAUUACGGACAGUCCCAUCCAUAUCCAACUCCACAAGGCGUCCCAUCGGAGGGUUCAUUCAGUCCAUUGCCUUUGCCUCCGGGAGCUCGGGGUGGCGGCGGUCAUCGCGGCGGAUUUGGAGGCUACCGAGGAGAUAGAGGUGGAAGAGGAGGUAGGGGAAGUGCCAAACGGCAUGAUGGUGGUCGUUCUGGUGUUAUGAAGGACGAUGAUCCUCGUGGGAAUAUGCCUCCCAGAGCGCCUCAAAAUGAGCCCGAUUCCAGCUCAAGAGCCGAUGUUCAGUUUCCUGGUGGGGCUCAUAGGGGUGGUAUUCGCGGCUCCAGAGGAGACCGGGAUAGUUUCAGAGGUGGCUUUCAUGAACCUCGAGGUGGGUAUCGAGGCGACCGUGGUUACCCAGGUGGCGGCUAUGGCGAUGAUCGGGGACCACGCGGGGGCCGUGGAGGCUUCAGAGGGGGGCGUGGCGGUUUCAAUGAUCGAUAUGAUGACAGAAUGGGUUACCGUGGUGGCCCACCACGUCGUGGUGGAUAUGGUGACAGAGGAUUUGGCUAUGGGCAUGAUCGUCGCUCUGAUUUUGGGCCUCAGCGAGGCCGUGGGGGUCAUCGUGGUGGAUAUGAUGGUCGUCCUGCAUUUGAAAAGAGACCGUAUGGUGAUCGCGGCGAAUAUGGAGGAGGGGUACAGAAGCGUCGUAGAACGGAUGACCGCGAUCAUCGCCAUCUUGGUGAUUAUGAAUUUGACGAGGACAUGCCUCGCAGUGCCCAGAGGCGUGGGCGGGAUCGUGGUGAUGUGGUAAUCGAAGACGGGGUCGAAGCUUAUUACAAGAAAUCGUUUACUGAAGACCCGUGGGCUGAUUUGCUGCCAGACGAAAUGCCGGUGUUUUAAUGGCUGAAACAGAUGCAGCUCGUGAUGAGGGAUAAUGAGGGAUGACUGAAAUGUGUUUGAUUGGAUACGCUCUGGGAGGCAUAUAUAGCGUCGGUGUAAUACUCUGGGGGCGGUGGGGAUUACUUCACUUUUUUUUUCUGUUUUUAAUAGGUUUCCUUUCAACGUCAACGGCUUGAUCUCCCUGCGGAUAUCUCUACUCGCCGUCGUUUGAAGCUGUAGUCGCAGAUUCAUGAGGUUAUACGGAAUGUUAAGAUCCCUUAAAAUUGUAAAUCUUAUCUCAUUAUAACCUCAAUAUAAGCGCGUAUUACUGCAUUGCCAUGACAACCAGUCCAGAGGAGACACCAACAGUGCAGAC